AAUAUAUAUCAACUUCAAAGCUCAAGCUGCCGUAUGUCUCGGGAACAUGACUGGCUCACUCUGAGAAACUGCUCCAUCGCAUCAGAAGGCAAGCUGACACCGUCCUGCCAAGUCGUGAUUGAUGUGACGGGCGGCAGUAUCGCUGAUGUACGAGUUGUCAAGCAGGAUGACUUUGACUUGACCAUCCACCGAGCUAGGGAUGUCGACUGUCGCGGCCACAUCUUGACUGCUGGCUUCAUGGAUCUCCAGCUGAACGGAGCGUGGGACUUUGAUUUCUGUACAUACUCGGAAGACUACAAGGACAAGCUCGAGGAUGUCUGCAGACGACUGCCUGCUCAUGGCGUCACUGCAUUUUGUCCGACUCUCAUCACCUCUACUGCUGAGAUUUAUAAGCAGGUGGUACCGCUACUUGCUCCUCGGCAAGUCGCCAAAGGUGCUCAGAUCCUGGGCGCUCAUCUGGAAGGCCCGUACCUGAGCCCGGAGAAGCAUGGCAUACACAAUCCGGACUGGAUGAAACAAGCAAGCACAUCCAUGGAAGAGACCUAUGGCAAAGACUAUUCCAGCUCGACAGCUAUCGUCACAAUCGCGCCAGAGAUGGACGGCUUGCUGGAUAUUGUCUCUAAGCUUGUAAGUCAGGACAUCGUGGUAAGUCUCGGCCAUAGUGCUGCGCCAAUUGCUAUUGCUCAGCAAGCACUUGAUCGAGGCGCAACGAUGCUGACGCAUCUAUACAAUGCUAUGCCGUCACUUCAUCACAGAAAACCAAGUCUUAUUGACUUGCUAGGGCAACGCACGGCACCCUUCUUUGGCCUCAUUGCCGAUAACAUCCACGUCUCACCUUUUGCUGCAGCACUCGCCUACAAGGCCAAUCCGGAAGGCUGUUGUCUGAUUACAGAUGCGAAUAGUCCCCUUGGCAUGGCUGAUGGCACGUACACCGGUCCACACGGUAUGCAGUUGACCAAAAAAGGAGAAGCGGCAACCAUCUCAAAUGGUGAUAUUGGAGGUGGAGCUUCCUCACUUGAUACGUGCUUCAGAAAUCUCCUGAAUGCGAGCCAAGCAAAGAUCGAAGCUGUGGUGCAGACAGUCAAUGAGAAUCCUGCUCGUGUCUUGGGCCUCAAGGAUCAAGGACAAGUACGUAAGGGUUACAUGGCAGAUCUUGUUCUCAUGACAGCUGAAGGAGAUAUUCUCAAGACAUUCAUCCGAGGGCAAGAGGUGUACAGUGCGACACAAAAUUGGUGAGUAAACUACAUGUACAUUGUACAGACAGUACAGUAAAAGAAAACGUUGUCAUCCGAUCUGAAUAUCACUCUCUCUACUCCUUCAACUCCUUGACUUUGCCAUCCUGUGAUUCAAGUGACGAGCUGCGACUGAGUUGAGAGAUGUCAAAGCCAUUAUCUUGUAGGUAAUCCACGAAAUCGCAAUCUUCCUGCUGAAUGCAUUCCUGGCUCAAUUCCGACACGAAGAAGAAGGCAACCAUGGCAGCACAAAUAGCC